GCUAGAAAGGAGUCAAAAACAUUACUCAUUGUUUAACUCGCAGAUAAUGCGUGCAUUGUCCGCGACAAGACCGAGAAGUUUAACUAAUUUAAAGUUUAACGAUAACGUUUCCCCGGAAUCCAUGAAUACGUUAUGCUAACAGCAUGAACACCGACGACUUAUUAUUCCACUUUUAAUCGCGGUAUAAGAGUGUCUUGACAGCGCGUCGCGCCUGUCAGUGCCCGAGCAUCCGGUGACUCGACUGGGUGCGCAAACUUCGCGGGACGAAGAUGAAGUUCGAGGUUUCUUCGACGGUUUCGCUGGCGAUCGCGUUUUGUAUGAUCGGCAUCGGCGGCUUUCGAUGCGAUGCCUCGCAGCCGGAAGUGCAAGCACCGACUGGAAAAAUCCGUGGCUCUAUUCUGGACUCAAGGCUCGGCCGAAAGAUUUAUUCCUUCCGCGGAGUGAGAUACGCCGAGCCGCCUACGGGAAGACGACGUUUUCAGGUUGCCACUCCAGCAGCCGACUGGAACGACGUCUUCGACGCCAGCAACGAAGGCCCCUCGUGCCCAAAUUUGGGCGAUAAGAAGUGGAUCUCCGAGGAUUGCCUGCGAUUGAACGUCUACACCACGAAGUUACCCUCGGGACGUGAGAACGUCGCGCGGCCGGUCUUGGUAUUCUUCCAUCCAGGUGGUUUCUACUCGUUUUCCGGUCAGAGUUUCUUAUUCGGACCGCAAUAUCUGCUGGACAAGGAUGUCGUGUUGGUCACAGUAAACUAUCGCCUCGGAUCGCUAGGCUUCAUAAGCACGGGCGACGCCGCUGCUCCGGGGAAUCUGGGGUUGAAGGAUCAAGUUGUAGCGUUGCGAUGGGUUCAAAGGAACAUCGCCACCUUCGGAGGGGAUCCAAAUUCCGUGACCAUCAGCGGUUACAGCGUCGGAGGACUGAGCGUGUUCUUGCACCUGCUUUCGCCGAUGUCCAAAGAUUUAUUCCACAGAGCGAUCGUGAUGAGCGGCUCCCUGUUAACCACAGAGCUCUACCCAACUGAACAGAAGCGUCUCGCGGUGAAACAGGCUACGCUUCUAGACUGUCCUACGACCGACAGCGAGGCGAUCAUUUCUUGCUUGAAGAAUAAACCCGUUGAGAACUUCACGGACACUUUGGAUAAAUUCUUUGAAUGGUACGGAGAUCCUAUAGUAAUAUGGUAUCCGGUCGUGGAGCCGGUCGUCCCGGGAGUGGAGCGAUUCUUGACCGAUCAACCCUACAAGUUGAUCGAACGAGGCCAAUUCCAUCAAGUUCCGACCAUAUUCGGAGUGACUAAGGAUGAGUUCGGUGGAGUUGUCGUCGGAUUCGAGAACGCAACCAGAUCAGGAAACAACAUGUACAAACAGAUGAGCGACGACUGGUAUCGGAUUGCACCGAUCAGUUUCAUGUACGAGCGUGGAACCAGGCGAUCGAAAUACGACAGCGACCAGUUGCGCCAGUUUUACUUCAAGGGUCGACCGAUCGAUUCGAAUAACAACGAUGGUCUUGCUCAGAUAUACGCGGACAGCGUAAUCAUAUUUCCCAUGUACCGAGGACUGAAACUCGUGGCUGAAAACUCUCGGAAACCGGUGUACUUCUACGAGUUCACAUACCAAGGACGAUACAGCUUCAGCAUGUGGAAUGCCACCACCCCAUAUGGUGUGGUGCACCAUGACGAUCUACAAUACCUGUUCUUCAUAAAGGAGUUCUUCCCUUUCUUCGAUAGUACAGCACCUGAAAUCUCGAUGGUCGAUUUGUACACAUCCAUGUGGACGAGCUUCAUCUGUACCGGCGAACCAGUUCCCAGGACUGGCCCCUAUACGAACAUUAGAUGGGACAGGUUUACGUCUCAGAAAAAUAACUACUUGGAGAUUAAUCUGAACCCUACGAUGAAAACUGGUUUAUAUUUGAACAGGAUGCAGGAAUGGGAAAAGCUCUUCCCUUUGCCCCCAGCGGCAUAAGCUACGAAUGUUUACCAAUAAAGAUAUAAACUUUGCAUAAUACUUGGAAACUCCGAAAGAUUUCUAUUAAACACGCUAUAUGAAUCAUU